GUCCUAAUUUAUCUUGGGAGAUGCAUUUCACCAAGGAGUUCCUCAACUUGUGACACUCACAGAACCUGCAACAGUCCCGGUCCCACACCUGACAGCAACAUGUCUGACAAAGGAGUCUUCGAUACCAACGUGCUGACCCUCACCAGGUUUGUCCUGGAGGAGGGCAGGAAGGCCCAGGGAACAGGUGAGCUGACCAACUUGCUCAACUCCAUCUGCACCGCCGUCAAAGCCAUUUCAACUGCUGUCAGGAAGGCUGGGAUCGCUAACCUAUAUGGCAUUGCUGGAAGCACCAACGUGACGGGGGACCAGGUGAAGAAACUGGACAUCCUGUCCAACGACCUGGUCAUCAACAUGAUCAAGUCCUCCUUCACCUCGUGUGUGCUGGUGUCUGAGGAAGACGAGCAUGCCAUCAUUGUGGAACCAGACAAGCGGGGAAAAUACAUCGUGUGCUUUGACCCGCUGGACGGCUCCUCAAACAUUGACUGUCUCGUCUCGAUUGGAACAAUCUUCGCCAUCUACAAAAAGACCACAGACGAUGAGCCAUGUGAGAAGGAUGCCCUGCAGCCGGGAAGAAACCUGGUGGCAGCUGGUUAUGCUUUAUACGGCAGCGCCACCGCGAUGGUCCUCUCCACCGGUCAAGGAGUCAACUGCUUCAUGCUCGACCCCGCAAUUGGUGAGUUCAUCUUGGUGGAUCGAGAUGUGAGGAUCAAGAAGAGGGGAAAAAUCUACAGUUUGAAUGAAGGAUAUGCACAGCAUUUUUAUCCAGAUGUGACAGAGUACCUAAAAAAGAAGAAAUACCCAGAGGAUGGUUCUGCUCCGUAUGGCAGUCGCUAUGUUGGUUCAAUGGUGGCUGAUGUUCAUCGUACUUUGGUGUACGGAGGGAUCUUUUUAUAUCCUGCUAAUGUCAAGAGUCCUAAGGGCAAGCUGAGGCUUUUGUACGAAUGCAACCCCAUGGCCUACAUCAUAGAGCAGGCAGGAGGCAUGGCCACCACAGGAUCCAUGAACGUUCUGGACAUCCAGCCCACCAACAUCCACGAGCGAGUUCCCGUGGUCCUGGGAUCCCCUGAUGACGUGCAGGAGUAUCUUGCCAUCUGUAAGAAGCAUAAGAAAUGAGGUAUUAAACUCUGUUAUGUCUCAACCUUACACAGCAUAUAUAAUACCCAACAAUUAGCAAGCUGUUUGGGGGUAACAUUCAUUGCUAAGUGCUUUCUACUCAACUGCACUGAUGAAGGAACCAAGAACCUCACUACUAAGUCUGCCUCACACUUUAUGCUAAUUCCAUCUUGUUGCUGUAAGUGUUAUUUGUAGAGACUUACCCUGUAUUUUUUAAAUAAAUGCAAAUGAAAAGAU